UGUAUAUGCUGUGCGUUAUUUAGAAUAAUCGCACGUUUUUUAUGUCUCCGUCGUGUCGUCGUGCUGCCUUAUGAUAGGAAUGUUCCUCCACUUAUAAACAGACGUACAGGAUGGAUGGACAGACAGACCAAAACCCUUCGCUGCGCACGCGUGCUGAAGGUGAAUAAUACCAGUGGAAACACACUAAAUCUAUGGCAGCAAUAAUUAGUGUCGAAGGUAGUCAUUAACAACACAUUUGAAGACACAGGGAAGGAUGCGGUAACGAAGUGCAACUUCCAUUCCAGAAAACCUGAAGAUCAGGUAGCCCAGUAGCCCCAGAGAGGCAAGGGACAGGCCCCACAGCCCUCGUCUGAUGACCGUCUGUUGAACGCUGUGUCUCUCCACCACACGGC